AAUUUAUCGAUUCAUAUUGCCGGUUACUUGUAAGCAACAAAUUAAACAUUCUACGUUGCUAAGGUUUAUAAGAUUUGAUAAUUUCCUGAUUUUGUAUUGAAGUCUGACUGUUUAACUUAUGUACCGCCAGUAUAAAGAAGCAAUGGGUGAUGGACGACCAGAAUUUCAAAGGUUAUCAACUAAUGUUGUACCAAUAAAUUAUAAAAUAACAUUAAUACCAGACCUAGACAAGUUUGUUUUUGAUGGCGAGGAAGUAGUUCAAGUCCAGAUCAAGAAACCUACCAAGACAAUUGUUCUCCAUUCUUUAGAUAUUAUAGUCAAGUCUGCUUAUUAUCAACAUGCUGAUUCAAAACAGAAGGAAGAAGGUAGAAUAAGUUAUGGUUCCACUGUAGAAGAAACUGCUAUUUUUACUUUUAGCAAUGACUUAAAGCAAGGAAAUGGCAGUCUAUUUUUAACCUUUUCGGGUGAAUUGAAUAAUAAAAUGAAAGGCUUUUAUAGAAGUCAGUACACCAAAUCAGAUGGAACAACAGCUUUUAAUGCUGUCACUCAUUUUGAGGCCACUGAUGCCAGGAGAGCUUUUCCAUGUUGUGAUGAACCAGCUGUUAAAGCCACGUUUGAUAUUUCUAUGAUUGUGCCCCAUGACAAGACUGCUCUAUCUAAUAUGCCAGUGAAGUCAGAUGUACCAAGUUCUGACAAGAAAAUGAAAACUGUCACUUUUGACACUACGCCUAUUAUGUCUACAUAUCUAAUAGCCUUUACUGUGGGGGAUUAUGAUUAUGUGGAAGGAACAGAUGCAGAUGGCAUUCUUGUUCGUAUUUAUACACCUGCUGGUAAAAAAGAACAGGGAAGAUUUGCUUUAGAUGUGGCUGUAAAAACUCUACCGUUCUAUUAUAAAUAUUUUGGUAUUAAAUAUAUGUUACCAAAAAUAGAUCUCCUGUCAGUUGCUGAUUUUGCUAUCGGUGCUAUGGAGAACUGGGGACUGUUAACAUUCAAGGAAGCUUUGAUCCUAGUUGAUCCAGAAAACAGUUCAGCUGUCAGUAAACAACAUGUAGCUCUAGUAGUAGGACAUGAGUUAGCUCACCAAUGGUUUGGGAACCUGGUUACCAUGGAUUGGUGGACAGAUCUGUGGCUAAAAGAAGGCUUUGCUACAUGGAUUGAGUAUCUGUGUGUGGAUUACUGUUUUCCUCAAUGGGAUAUAUGGACAGCGUUUGUUAAUGAUUGUUUAAUACGAGCUGUCAAUUUAGAUUGUCUUCAUAACAGCCAUCCUAUAGAGGUGAAAGUUGGACAUCCAUCAGAAAUAGAUGAGAUAUUUGAUGGUAUAUCCUAUAGUAAAGGGGCUUCUAUUAUAAGAAUGUUGAGUGAUUAUUUAGGCAAUGAGGAUUUCCGUAAAGGUUUGAAUAUUUAUUUAAAUCGUCAUGCCUAUAAGAAUGCUGAAACGGAAGAUUUGUGGCAAGCUCUGGCAGAAGCCAGUGGUAAACCUGUCAAAUCUAUUAUGGAUACUUGGACUAAACAGAUGGGCUAUCCUGUCUUAAAGGUUGAAAGAAAACAAGAGAGUGAAAAAUGUAUAUUAAAUAUCAGUCAAAAUAGAUUUUUAGCAGAUGGCAAAAUAGGUGAAGGCGAGGAUUUGAAAUGGUUAGUUCCAAUUAGUAUUACAACUUCUACCUCACCUACCACCCCUGUUAAAACUAUUCUCUUAGAUCAAGAUUGUGUUACAGUUGAACUACCUGGUGUUACACAAUCUCAGUGGGUUAAGAUAAAUUCUGGUAGUGUUGGUGUCUAUAGGGUACAGUAUACCACUGAUAUGUUACAUAGUUUAAUACCAGCUAUUAAAGAUAAAACACUACCAUGUCGUGAUAGACUUGGACUUGAAGAAGAUCUUUUUGCUCUUUCGAGAGCAGGAUUCAUUUCUACAGUAGAUGUCUUAACAGUUAUCGAAGCCUAUACUAACGAAACAGUGUGUACAGUAUGGAAUACUCUAUCCAGUAACCUUAGUUCCCUAGCCAAUAUCUUACAAUACACAGAAUACUUUGAUAUCUACAAACAAUUUGUUAGAAAGCUAUUUAAACCUAUAGCUCAAAAACUAGGAUGGGAGGACAAGACAGGAGUGGAUGAAGCCAUAUUGCGUGGCAUUGUGUUAAAUAAAGUGGGUCGCUAUGGUGACGAAGCCACUGUAACAGAAGCUAGAAAGAGAUUUAAAGACCAUGUUUCUGGCAUCAAACCACUAGCUGCUGAUCUGAGAGGCUGUGUGUAUGGAACUGUUUUAACACAUGGGGAUGAGGAAGUGUUUAAUCAAAUGAUGCAGUUGUAUGAAAAGGCUGAGUUACAACAAGAACAAAGAAGAAUAUUGAUGAAUCUGGGAUCAAUUCAGGACGAAAAACUCAUUCAAAAAGUUUUAGACUUAGCUAUUUCUGAUAAGAUUAGAUAUCAAGAUACACCAUUAACACUAGGUGGCACCACAGGUACUAUCAAGGGGAGAGAUUUAGCUUGGAUAUUCUUGAAAACUCAUUGGAAUGACUUGAAGACCAGAUAUAAGUGUGGUCUGUUAACUCGACUUGUCCAGGCACCAACCUCCGGAUUUGCUACAGAAGAAAUGGCUAGAGAGAUAGAGGCUUUUUUUCAAGCCAAUCCAUCUCCAGGAACUGAGAGGACAGUACAACAAGUUAUAGAAAAUACCUGCAUACGGGCUGCCUGGUUAGAGCGGGAAAAACAACCGGUUGGCGAUUGGUUAAAGAAAAAUAUGGCUUAAUGUGAACUUAGUAUGACAUAUUUUUUGCAGGGUUCUCUACAAAUUUCAUCUUUUCAUACUUUCAUGUCUUAAAGUCAUAUUCCAAUAUUUUGUGACAGCCUCUAAUCUACUACACCACAUUCAAGGAAUAUGUCAGUAACCAUUGACUUUCAAUUUAAUAUUUUGGAAGCAGAGUCAAGGUAUUUGACUGUAUUGUCAAAAAAAAAUCAAAAAAAUCAGCACUUAAUUACAUUAAUAAAAAUAGGAAUACGGUUUUUGUUGAACUUUUAGGCAAUGUUUGUUACCAUAGAUAUCAAAAAUAAUACAUUUUAGUAUAUUACCCAAAAUACAUCAGGUUUUACCGUAUGGUAUCUUGAUACGCAUUUUAUCGUGGUAUGAUUAAAAAUAUAUAAAGUUAAUGAAAUUGAAUCAGUGUUAUAACAUCAUGAGGCAUAUUUCAUUAAUAAAGUGCCUUUAAUAGAUAUCAAUUAUAUGCAUAUUUGAUAGGAAAAAGACUUAAAGGGAUUGUAAAGAAUCACCAUUUUGCUAUGAUGGCCUCAAUAACAGUAAAGCAUUUCAACAGCUACAGACGUCUGAAAGAAAAUCAGAAAUAUGCAAUUGAAUACUGAAACCACUUUACAAUCCCUUUAACUUUCAUUGAAGGCAAUAUUUGUAAUUUUUAUAUUGGAUAACAGCAAAAUCGAGGUGCAAUACUCUUGAUGUUUUAGAUAUUUUAUGCUCAAAAAGUUAGUUAUGAAAUAAAACUUUGUAUUGGUUUUUUUUUUUUUUCUAUAGCCCUCUUCAUGAAUGUUAAAUUUAAAGUGUGUGAAUGACCUACAGUUGCGUUUGUAAUAUGCGAAAGAUGAGUGAAAAUAAAUCUUCUGUGUGCAUAUGAGUAAACAAUGGGACUUAUAUAAAAAAUUAAAAUGAUUUAUUUAGAAAUAAAUACAUUAAAAU